CACGGUUCGAGCUGAUUCCUAGAGCAGGACGCUGGCGACGACAGACACCAGGCCAUGACAGCAACGUGCCCUUGACAAUUACCCAGAGCCGCUGAUCCCCUCUCUUCUUUCCUCCGCAAGCAGGCAAGAUGCCGUCUUUGCUCGUUGUCAUCUUUGUGGUCGAGCUCGUGGUCCAGCUCAUCAACACCAUCGGCGCAUCAACCAUUAACAACCUAAUAUGGCGCACCUAUUUGUCACUCCCAACACCACUGGCCAAGGAGUUUGCCGAGCAGCGCAAGAAGCAAAAAGAAUACCUGGCAGUCCGCCACGAUCUCAAUGCGACGAGCAGCCAGGACGAAUUCGCCAAGUGGGCAAAGCUGCGUCGUCAACAUGACAAGCUGCUUGAGGAGCUGGAGAAAAAGAAGUCAGGACUCGAGGCCUCCCGAGCCACAUUCGACCGCUACCUCACGACAGUCCGAUUGAUCUCGACCCGCGGCGUGCAAUGGGUUCUGCCGUGGUGGUACGGCAAGGAGCCAAUGUUCUGGCUUCCCUACGGUUGGUUCCCCUACUACUUCGAGUGGUUCGCGUCCUUUCCUAGGGCCCCGCUGGGCAGCGUCAGCAUCGUGGUGUGGCAGUGGGCGUGCACCGGCAUGCUGGCGCUCGUCAUAGAGACGGUGGUGGGCAUAUUGGGCAUUGUCGCGGCAAGCAGGCAGUCACGGAAGCAGAGGCAGAAACAGCCCGUCCCGGCGGCGGGGGUCGGAGCUGGAACUGGGGAGAGCAAGAAAGAAUGGUGAAUAUGCGGGAUAUUGCGAGGUUAGAAAUCCGACACGGAAAUGUCUCUCAGCAUCUGACGCAAAGAUUCUUCAUCGCCGGAGCUAGAAUUCUGCAACACUACGUGAGAUGACUCUUGGCAGAGUGCUUGGGCUCGAUUUAGGCAACACAUUGACUUUGAGCGACCAUGGGGAGGGCCGCCAAAGCUUCGAUAGUGCCAGUUGAGAGUGCAGUCACAAGCGCAGAAUCGGGACUGGAGACAGCAAUGUCGUAAAUUGCGAAUUAUAGGUGGUGAGUUAAUCGUACAAAAGAUGCCGCCAGCGUUGAGGCCGUUGAUAUCCAAC